AUUGUUCCCUCGCCAUUCAAGCAGAAGUACAGCCUGCUAAACACUAUAUAUUGCUGACAAGAAAUAGUUUAUACACUAGUGUAGUAAGAGCAUUUAUAAGCGAGAGUAGUUGUUAAAAUGGGUGUGACACGUUUCUCCAUCAUGUUGUGCGUUAUUCUGUGUGUCUUUGUACUGACUGUGAGUUCUCACCAGUCUAGCGCAAGCCGGAGAGCGAACAGGCCCCGUAGGGACAACGGGCCUGGACCGUGUUCCUGCCCGGUUCAAGUCACCGGCUGCAAUGCCACGAUUUACCGCCAACUCUCCUCCGAGCUCGAAGAGACGAGACGACAACUGCAAGCAGCGACUGAUAAGACAUCGAUUUCAACUGAGCUAGAAGAAACAAGACUUCAAGUUGAACAACUUGAGGUGUCGGUAGCGAGUUCUCGAGACUUGGUUUCCGCCGAGUUUCUGGACAUUCGGCAACAGUUGGGUGAGCUGAAAACAUCCGUGUCUGCUGUGCUGGAUGCUCUGAAAGAUAUCCCGCCCGUCGAAGAGUUUUUCCCAAGUAAUGCAACUGGGAGAACUGAAAAAGCAUCAGCUUUAAAUAACAAAAUCUUUCCCAUGGACAUCUCUAGUAUAAGUGAUGCGACUGAGAGAAGUGAAUUAGUCACAACGCCACGAACCGACACCCGAGAUAAGGAUUGCUCGGAAGUUCUUGCGAGUGGUGUAUCUACCAGUGGUGUGUACACGGUUCAACCUCUAGACUCCGGUGAGGCUUUCCAGAUAUACUGUGAUAUGGAAACAGACGGUGGUGGAUGGACGGUUUUCCAGCGGCGCCAGGACGGCAGUGUAGAUUUCUAUUUGGACUUUGCUAACUACAGCCGGGGCUUUGGAAAUCUAGAGGGAGAGUUUUGGCUCGGUAAUGACAACUUACACCGUCUGACUGCUCAGGGCGAGUACGAACUCCGCGUAGAUCUCACGGACUUCGUGGGCAGCAGAAAGUACGCCCUCUACGACUCGUUUAGUAUCGCUGGAGUUGAAAACAACUACACGUUGAAAGUUCGGGGUUAUUCUGGAACUGCUGGUGACUCGAUGAGACUUCACAAUAACCGUCCUUUCUCGACCAAAGACAGAGACCUUGACGGAUAUUCCGGUAACUGUGCCAAGAUAUUCCACGGUGCCUGGUGGUACAACGCCUGCCACUCGUCCAACCUCAACGGGGAGUACCUCGGCGGUCUUACGGCUGAGUUUUCACGGGGCGUCAACUGGAAGAGCUGGAAAGGUUUUCUAUACUCGCUCAAAACAGCCGAGAUGAAAAUCAGAAUGAAACAGUAAUCACGAUCAUCAGAGGAUGGAUCAACAAGUCAUAGAUCCCGUGUACGAAAAAA